UACACUCUUUGUCUCGAUUGGGUUGUUAGUAGUAAUAAGAAAGAAAAGUAUGGAAGAGAAUCUAUUAGUAUUAGCAAAAGGAAGUGGGGAGGAGCAGAAAGUUGCAUGGGAAGGUUUGGGUGAGGAAAUGAAGAGGAUGAUUGACAUAGCAGGGCCUAUGGUGGUUGUGACCGCUUCCCAGCGUUUGUUGCAGGUUGUGUCCGUCAUGAUGGUUGGUCACCUCAACGAUGACCUCUUUCUCUCCAGCGCCGCCUUAGCCAUCUCUCUUACUGCUGUCACGGGUUUCAGUUUUCUUAUGGGAAUGGCUAGUGGACUGGAAACUAUUUGUGGACAAGCUUAUGGAGCUCAACAACAUAAAAAAAUUGGAGUGCAAACAUACACUGCUAUAUUCGCUCUCACAUUCGUUUGUCUUCCCUUCACUUUUCUUUGGAUCAACAUGGAAAAGAUACUAGUUUUCAUAGGUCAGGACCCUCUAAUUGCAAAAGAAGCAGGAAAAUUCAUAAUUUGGCUUAUUCCAGCACUUUUUGCAUAUGCAAUUCUACAACCAUUAGUUAGAUAUUUUCAAAUGCAAAGUUUGCUUCUUCCCAUGCUUAUGACAUCUUGUGUCACUCUAUGUGUCCACAUACCCCUUUGUUGGGUUUUGGUGUUCAAGACUAGACUGAAUAAUGUUGGUGGAGCAUUAGCAAUGAGUAUUUCAACAUGGUCAAAUGUGAUUUUUCUUGGAUUAUACAUGAGAUACUCUCCUAGAUGUGCAAAAACUCGUGCACCCAUUUCUAUGGAAUUGUUCCAAGGACUUCGGGAGUUCUUUCGCUUUGCUAUACCUUCUGCAGUGAUGAUUUGCCUUGAAUGGUGGUCAUUUGAGUUGAUUAUCUUGUUGUCUGGGCUGUUACUAAAUCCACAACUUGAAACUUCUGUUUUAUCCAUUUGUCUUAACACCACUUCAAUUCUCUAUGCAAUACCUUUUGGAAUUGGUGCUGCAGCAAGCACAAGGAUUUCAAAUGAAUUAGGAGCGGGGAAUCCACAUGGUGCCUGUGUUUCUGUGUUGGCUGCAAUAUCUUUUGCAAUCAUUGAGACAACUGUAGUUAGCGGAACCCUCUUUGCUUGUCGCCAUGUUUUUGGUUAUGUUUUUAGCAAUGAGAAGGAAGUUGUAGAUUAUGUCACUGUCAUGGCUCCUUUGGUUUGCAUAUCGGUUAUACUUGACAACAUACAAGGUGUUCUCGCAGGGGUUGCUAGAGGUUGUGGAUGGCAACAUAUAGGGGUUUAUGUCAAUAUAGGAGCAUUUUACCUAUGCGGGAUUCCAAUGGCUAUCUUAUUAUCAUUUUUUGCAAAAAUGAGAGGAAAAGGACUUUGGAUUGGUGUACAAGUUGGUUCUUUUGCUCAAUGUGUUCUACUUUCUACCAUAACAAGUUGCAUAAAUUGGGAACAACAGACAAUCAAGGCAAGAAAGAGAUUAUUUGGUAGUGAAUUUUCAGCAGACGAUAGACUGAUAUGAGAAGCCCAUGAUCAAAGGCCCAUUCUCUAAUGAUGGUGACAGCUUUCCAUGAGUGAGUCAAGUGGGAACUCAAUCUUCAUUGGCAGUUUGAAAGUAAUGCUUGAUGAUAUUUUGACUUUUUUCUUUAUCUUAUUGUUGUUGUUUCUCGUUAAAAUAAAAUAAAAAUGAAUAUAUGGAAAGCCUCUGAAAUAAAUGCAUAAUUUUUCAGAGACCAAAAAGAAUCUUGAAGUGUAAAACUAAAAUGCAAUUUUGAAAGUCAUUUUAGCUCCA